UAUUCGUUUGACAAUUCAUUCAUUUUGAUUUAGAAAUUCCAAAAACAAAAGAGGCAACAAAAUUCCAACGGAUUCUUGUGGGCAAAAAUGUGCAAUCAUGAUUGUUGUGCCAUGAAGACAGCGCUGCAGUUGCGAGAUCUGAAAAAGAUGCUGCAAAAGCAACUGCAGCAGGAACUCGAGAAUCCGCCAAAGAAAAUUCUAACACCGCCAUCGCUGCUGUACAGCUAUGAAAACAUUGAAAUGAUUGCGAAUUUUAUCAUGAGCAAAACACGAACAAGGCCCAAAUUUGGCAUAGUUUGUGGCUCGCAUUUGGCCAUGCUGACGAAGGUGAUUGAGCAUCCCAUCGUAAUUGAUUAUGCGGAUAUACCAAUGUUUCCCAAAUGCACAACACACGGCCAUCGAGGCAAACUGUAUGUGGGCACCGUGAGGGGUGCGACGGUGAUUGCGAUGCAGGGUCGAUUCCAUUACUAUGAGGGCACUCAAUUGGCCGCUUGUUCGAUGCACGUGCGCGUAAUGAAGUUGUGCGGUGUCGAGUAUCUGUUCCUCUCGUGCUCAUCGAGCAGUGUCAAUGCCAACCACAAAGUGGGCGAUGUGCUUCUAAUUAAGGAUCAUGUCAACAUGUUUGGCCUCUUUGGCAACUCCCCGCUCAAUGGGCCGCAUGACGAACGCUUCGGUCAACGCCAUUUGGCCAUGGUGAAUGCCUACGAUCGCAUCCUGCUGCGAAAGGCCCAAGAGAUUGGCCACGAGAUUGGCAAUGAGAAGCACAUGCACACUGGCGUCUAUGCCUGCUUCGGUGGUCCAGCCUAUGAGACCGUCGCUGAGCAGUUGCUGCUGCGAAAACUUGGCAUCGAUGCCGUGGGCAUGUCGCAAGUGCACGAGGUGAUUGUUGCUCGCCAUUGCGGCUUGCGUGUCUUUGCCUUCAGCUUAAUCAGCGUACCGAGUGUGGAGAACAGCAAAUUUGCCGACAGAAGUCUCGCGCCUGGACAACAGUUUGCCAAAGAGCUGGUCGUUCGCUUGAUUCACGCGAUUGAGAACGGUUUGAUUGAGACGCCAAUUGGCACCGAUAAACUGAUUCACUCUCAGACAGGAUAUGCGGAGGAUGCGUUUCGAGCUGCGGAUGCCACGUUAAUAAUAAAUCGCAAACCAGAAGUGUAAUUGAUAUUGAUAGCGUUAGAAUUGUGUGUUGUGUAGAGUGACUUAACGUAUACGUAAUAUGGCAGCAUCGCGUAUACGCAAUGUGCACCACACCAUGCAAUAUCACACCUUGUUGCCGGGCAACUGAAACACUAAUGAAAUGUACAAACACAUUGACAAAACACGCGCUGUUUUCCUCUGAGUAGUUUUUUUUUG